AUGUUAAUUCGUAAAUUAAAAAAAGACUCAAGAUACAUCAAGGACAAGGUGGACUUACUCAAGAAACAACUAGAGAACAACCAAGCCGCAAUGAACAGUAUUGAACCCACACCUGCUGAGGAGGCAGCGAUGGAAAAAUCUUUAUUAAGCAAAGCUGAUGUGAUUUGUGGCACACUGAGCACUUGCGGCAGUGGCCGUAUUCUUAGCAAACUUGCUGAUGAACAAUUCAGUUGUAUUAUAAUUGAUGAAGCAUCGCAAUGUUGUGAAUUGGACAGCCUGAUUCCCCUUCAGUACAACUGUUGCAAGCUGAUCCUUAUUGGGGACACAGAACAACUGUCCCCUACCAUUAUAUCUCAGCUUGCGUUGGAGUAUAACUAUGGUCAGUCGCUGUUUGAGCGUCUCUGUAAACACUACAAGUACAAAGAUAAAAAUUCUGUGAUUAUGUUAAACGUCCAGUAUCGGAUGCAUCCGGAUAUCUGCAAGUUUCCGAAUCGUUACAUCUACAACAACCAAUUAAUAUCCGACAGUUCGCUAUGCAAUCCAGUGGAAGCAAACUUCACUGUGUCUCUAUGUGAAUGUCUUAGCAAUCUACAGGUGGGGAGACCCUUGCUCAAGAUUGCUGUUAUCGCUCCAUAUAGGGAGCAGAAGAAAUUACUGGAGUGCCUUCUUGCUAAACGGAAACUUUCCAAUGUCGACGUCACUACGGUGGAUGGAUUCCAAGGACGGGAGAAUGACAUCAUUAUAAUGUCCUGUGUGCGUGCCCAUGGCUCAUUUGGUAGUAUUGGAUUUCUGAAGAAUCGUAGACGCCUAAAUGUUGCCCUAACACGAGCCAAGUUUGCGUUGUACAUAGUUGGACAUCUCGCUUCCUUGGAGGGAGAUGAAGACUGGAAGUCCUUGAUACAAGAUGCACUCGACCGUCACCUUGUGGUAGAUUUUUACCUGGACAAUAUUUCAAAUGUUACUGCAUCGAUGCCAGUAUACUCACCUGAACGUCUAGCUGUUAGCAGAACCGAGAACAUCGAGCAAAUCGACCCCGGGACUUAUUCUUUUUUAUAUCGGCAUGGCGACAGAUCCCCUAUUUCAGAUUACCCAAACGAGGACUUGACAAAUAUUUGGCCAAAGGGAUUCGGACAGCUUACAAAGGUUGGCAUGCAACAACAGUAUGAACUUGGAAAAUAUCUGAGAAAACGCUACGAUGGAUUCCUCAACACUUCUUUUCACACGGAUGAGGUCGUGGUGCGUAGUACGGAUAAAGACAGAACUUUAAUGAGUGCCUACAGCAACCUGGCUGGAUUUUUUUACCCUUCUUCUGAAGAUGUCUGGAACCCUGAUAUUCCCUGGCAGCCGAUUCCUGUCCACACUGUUCCUAGAAUGGAUGAUAAUUUACUUUACAUGGAAUCAAAUUGCCCGAAAUACAUGAAACUUUCUGAAAACUUCCAAAAAUCAAAGAGAUUCAAGGAAUUGAUCGAUGAUUACAAGGACUUGAUAAAGCUCGUUAGCGACAAAUCUGGUGCCACAGGAGAUAUUGAAAGUGUGACUUCCGUUUAUGAUAACCUCUUCUGUAAGCGUGCACACAAUUUCACAUUACCCAGUUGGGCAUCGGACGAUGUCAUGUUGAAGUUAAAGGCUUUGGAGAUGAUCAAAAUGAAGAAUUACUUCUACACCCCAUCUAUGCAGCUUCUGAAAGGAGGUCAUCUUCUCUGGGACAUUGUGGAAAAUAUGAAUCUGAAAGUGACCGAACCAGAAACCCUUCGGAAAUUUGUCAUGUAUUCAGCUCAUGAUUCUACAAUGAUCGCACUCUUUAUGUCUAUGAACCUUUUCAACGACAUCUUACCGCCAUAUGCUUCCUGCCUCAUAAUUGAGUUACACAAAAGCGAGGAAAACGCUUAUUUUGUGCAGAUCUUCUACAGGAAUUCUACAUCAGCCGAACCCGUGCCUCUCACAAUGUCAGGUUGUGAACACAAGUGUCUUUGGAACCAAUUUGUUAGACUCACAGAAGAAUCACUGACCGCCAACAUUGAGGUAGAAUGUGAACUGCCUCAAGAUUCAUUUUCCUCAGCUACUCUCAUCACCGUUGUGUUUGCCAUUUUUUUCCUUCUUAUCGUAGUUAUUGCUACGAUGUGUUUUCGGCACCGCAAAAGAGAAUCAUACAAACGUAUUCAGGUGUAACUUUUUUUUCUCCUUCUUUCCUUAAUUUUUUUACUCUAUUUUUCUACCGUUUCUUUAAUAUAACAAACAGAAAAAAA